GGGGCGCCACUGCCCGCUACAGGGACCGAGUGACACAAGCCAGGCAGGCAGCCUCCGCAAGAACCAGGAGGUAACAGGGAGCGCACAUUCAUCAACAGUUCUAGAUAUAAGGGGAGGCGACGAGCGAGCAAAACAAAGCAGAUCUUGUUCCAAAGACCACCUAAGCUGCCACUUGCAGUCUUACUCAUUUUGGAGGAAAACAAUAGAAGUACAGUUCGCAAGGUGGACAGACCCCUGCUUGGUCACCGUGGUAACGCUCUGCCAUGCCUUUCCCUUUUGGCAAGUCCCACAAGUCACCGGCAGACAUCGUCAAGAAUCUUAAGGACGGCAUGACCGUGCUGGAGAAGCAUGACAUCUCUGAUAAAAAGGCAGAGAAGGCUGCAGAGGAGGUGUCAAAGAGCCUGGUGGCCAUGAAGGAGAUCCUGUAUGGCACAAAUGAGAAGGAGCCUCAGACAGAAGCAGUAGCCCAGCUGGCCCAGGAGCUCUACAACAGUGGAUUACUAAGCACCCUGAUAGCAGACCUGCAGCUUAUUGACUUUGAGGGUAAAAAAGAUGUAGCACAGAUCUUCAACAACAUCCUGAGACGUCAAAUCGGCACCAGAACACCAACUGUAGAGUACCUCUGUACCCAGCAGAAUAUCCUCUUCAUGUUGCUCAAAGGGUACGAGUCUUCAGACAUUGCCUUGAAUUGUGGAAUCAUGCUGAGGGAGUGCAUCAGACACGAACCACUGGCCAAGAUCACACUGUCAUCGGAGCAGUUCUAUGACUUCUUCAGAUACGUGGAGAUGUCCACUUUCGACAUCGCCUCAGAUGCGUUCGCCACUUUUAAAGACCUCCUCACAAGACACAAGAUCCUGAGUGCAGAGUUUCUGGAGCAACAUUAUGACAGAUUCUUUAGUGAAUACGAGAAGUUACUCCGGCAGUCGCUAAAGUUACUGGGGGAGCUGCUUCUUGAUCGACACAAUUUCACCAUAAUGACGAAAUACAUCAGCAAGCCAGAGAAUCUCAAACUGAUGAUGAAUCUGCUGCGGGACAAAAGCCGCAACAUCCAGUUUGAGGCGUUCCAUGUUUUCAAGGUGUUUGUGGCCAACCCCAACAAGACACAACCUAUCCUGGACAUCCUGUUAAAGAAUCAGACCAAACUCAUUGAAUUUCUCAGCAAGUUCCAGAACGACAGAACAGAAGACGAACAGUUCAACGAUGAAAAGACUUACCUAAUCAAACAGAUCAGGGACCUCAAGAGGCCUGCACCCCAGGACGCCUGAGAGAGAGGGGAGAUGUGCAGGGGAGGUGCCACCAGGACCAGGUCUGGAGCUUAUCCAGAUAAUGUCUAACUUAAUGGACCCAUCAACAGCUGCAGUUCUGGUUUUUGAACAAAAAAAUGAGGAACAAAUUAAAGCAGGCAUUGCCACAUCAGCUCACCAGGAUGUUGCAAGCUCCUUUGCACCUCAGAACUUUUGUUUCUUUAGUUUUCACUUCAGAAUAAAUCAGAAAAUAUUUGUUUCUGCAGCUUUCUUGCACAGUAACAGGUAUAUUAUUUUAAAACACCAACAAUUGUGAAAUAAAAUUCCCAUGCAUUAAAACUAAACAGUUAAUGCUCAAAUGCAGCAUGCAUCAAAGGUGUACAAACACACUAAAGUCACCCAGGACACUGUGAUGUAAGUGGUACGAUUAGAAUGAACACCUGUCUGGUUUACGUGUUGAGAUGCGACGGCUCCAUUGCUGAAACUUGUGUGGGCACUGUGAUGGUGUCUAGCACAAAAGCUCAGAGUCAUAGACUCCAAAGUUCAUGUGCAUCACAACAGCUGCUAUAGUCUGUGUUUUGGCCUUCAACUAUCAAAUCUGCAGCAGUCCGUUUACCAGAGGACCCACUCAGAGAGCCGCUUACCUACGAAAGAGCGACGGGUGGAAGGUGUGAGUCUGUUAAAGCCCAGGUGAUGGGGAUUCACUUUAGUUUUAACUUUGUGGGACAGGGUGAACAUGUACAUAUGCCUUUUUUUGAUUAGUAUAUUUUUUCUUCAACCUUGACAUAUGAAUAUAUAUUAAAUAUAUGACCUUAAACAACAUGUUUUUGGUUAACUGUAAUCAGGUUACUUUCUGACCCAUGAGUAAAGUGAAACUGUUUUAGCGUUUUUAUUUGCUGAAACAAUUGCUGGUGGGUUUGUUUGUACAUAACUUAAAACGCCGGCUCACCUUAGCUAACCUAUAGGAUAUUAAUUUGUACUGCAGAGGAAUAUCAUUGUAAAAACUCCUGAUCUGUUCAUUUCUUCCUUUUUUAAAUGCAUCUACAUUUUCAUAUCUGUUGAAAAUGUGCAGGUGGUGUCUGAAGAGGAUGUGGAAGCAUUAACAGAAACAUUAAUGCCAGUGUGUUUGCACUUUGUGAGGUGUUGGGUGACCCAUGUCACCUGAUGUUAGUGAGGAGUUUCCCAUUCUUUAGUUGUUUUUCACCCUCUCUCAUUCUCACCGCCCUGUUUAGUGACUGUAGAGUGCCAUGCUGGUCCACAGUUCGUGUGCUUUAAGUGGGACCUGAAUAUGAUGCUGAGAAAAUGGGAAGUAAUAUCACCGCCCACCUUGUAAUGCGUGUGAGCCUUCUUCAGAGGGUUUGUGAUUCCAGUACAAAGGGAAGUGUAAUGCAUUGUGGGAAACUUUAGGUUUUACAUCUCCUUCACGAGGCUAAAAUGAUCAAACUCCAGAUUUAGUUCAUUUGCUGUGACUUCUGUUCUCAGUGCAGAGUGACGUGUUUGUUUAAUAAAACCUUAAAGCACCUGAGUGCUGAUAACACUACAGAGCUCAGCGUCCCUCCACCCACAUUAAACAGGCAUGUUGCUCUGUUGACUGACUGCAUGAUGCUAUACUAAAAUGUUGUACUGGAAUUGUUUCUUUCUUACCCUCCAAGCAUUAAAAAGCAUUGCAAUGAUGUGUAGAACUCCUGGCUGUGGCUGAAUGCUGACUGUAACUCCAGGUUCAGUGUAAAGCGUGUGGGUGCUUUCAGAUGUGUCAAAGGCCUGGGCCCAACUAAUAAAAUCAAACAUUUGAGAUAAAAGAAAA